UUAUCUCACACAUCCUGCACGCUUAAUUACUUACUACUACUAUUUAUUAACACAAUUCCCUCAAAGAUAACAUUCACAUUGGUUCACUCAUUUUAUUUUAUACAACGUUACAAUCAUGGAGAGGAAAUCACUUGCCCUGCUCAUCUUGCUCUUCAUUGCCUUUGCCUCACCAGAAAUGGUGAUGAAGACUGCAGAGGGAAGAGUGUGUGCGUCACAGAGCCACGCAUUCAAAGGGCCAUGUGUUGGUGACCAUAACUGUGCACUUGUUUGUAGGAACGAAGGUUUCUCUGGUGGCAAUUGCCAAGGCUUCCGUCGUCGUUGCUUUUGUACCAAGCUUUGUUGAAUCACAAUUCGAGGCUACAUCAAAUAAAUUCACUCUGUUUCUGUGUGAUGUACUACUAGCUUGCCUAAUUCAAUAUCCACCAAUUAUAUGUUCCAUUUUCUUGCUCUUUCACUUAUUGCUAGCAUAAUAAAGAUGAUAUGUUACUCGAUAUGCAUUUCUCUUCAAGGUAUCUUUCAAUCGGUUGAGAUGAAGCAUUUCGAUUAUGGUUUUCA